AUGCCAAUUUCAUGUAAAAAAUUAGCUAUUAAAAAUAGAUUAAAGAAUCAAUUAUACAGUUCAGAUGAAGGUUAUGAUCAAAAAAAAUAUCAUGAAAUGAAAAAAGCAUCUUACAUUGGUAAAUCUACUGAAACAUAUUAUCAAAAAUAUGGUCCAUCAGCCAUUUAUACAAAAGCAGCAAAAUGUUCUUUACCAAUUAAUAAAUAUUUUACACAAACAGAAUCAGAUGUUACAAUUAAUACAGAAAUUAAUAGUAAUAUUUUAAUACAAGAAAAUUUAAAAGAAGAACUUGUAGAAAGUAUACAAGAUAAAAAUGAUAUUUUAGCAUCAGAAGCAUCAGAAGAAAAUUCAA